AUGAAGCAUCUCAAUCGCGCCAAAAAUGAUCAAAAUUCCCGAAAGUUUCUUGUUUGCCAAAUGUCCCUUGAUACGGAUAAUAUGUUUUCCUUCUAUAGUUCUUCUUUGUCUUCAUUUCAACUGGUUAAGGAUGUGCAAAAACUUGAUUGCCCUUCAAACUGUAGACCAAGUCGUUGCAGAAUCUAUUGUUGUCGCGAUGGCUUGUCUCUUAUUGGGGUUUGUAGUUAUCCUAACAAACACCUCGUACUUUUGCUAUGGAACCCCUCCACAAGAGAAUCCGAAGUACUCCACUGUCCUGAAUUUCCAUCGGAGGAAUUUAGUACUUUCGGAUUGGGAUAUGACUCAACUAUUGACGACUAUAAGAUCCUUAAGAUUGAUCUUAAAGCACCUGGCGAAAUUCUCGCGCUGAAAAGUGGUUUUUGGAGAAAAAUUGAUAAACAUCUUACUGGUGUUUACCCUGUGUUGUCUGGUAUGGACUCUUUGGCAUUUGUAAAUGGAGCAUUUCAUUGGCUUGGUUUGUCGCUCAAUGAUUUGCGGUGUCAUUUAGUAUUUCAAAUGAAGUGUAUGGACAGAUCCCGUUGCCAUAUGGAAUGUGCUUAA